UUUACCAAACGUCGUCGGUACAAUCGGAACACGUUCCGUUCUCCCGUUUCUGUUUCUUCGAUUUUCCGUUCGUUCCAUGCGCUACGCUCUCGCGGGAGAGAGAUUUGCCACUUGUUGCCGGUUGUGGUGGUACUCCCUUUCUAAGUAUUCCAUUUCCCAUUCCAUCGAUAUUGGAUUCGAUUUGACAACUGAUUGAUUUGAUCCACCCACUGCCGGAGAUUUGUGGAACGACGACUCUCAGUGGAAGCAGAAGGACUAGGAACCAGUGGAAGGCAUGCAGUUGAUGGCCAGCGGUUACUCCUCCUGUCACUCCUGCAGCAGCUCCAUCUCCUUCAGUUCCUUCCGUUCCAGUUCCAGUUCCCUGGGUAACAAACUCUCGCGAUGGAGAGCGAUGGUCAGCAGGAGGUUGGGGGCGGAAUUGCCCCACCGCUAUGUCGCAUCUGCAUCACCACCCACCAUCAGCAACAACAGAACAACACCACUGCAACAGUCACCACAGCCCUGCCCAUGAUACCCAUCUUCGGCGAGGAUGCGCUAUGGCAGAAGAUUACCACGCUGGCCAACGUCAAGAUCAGCAAAAACGACACCCUACCGCAACAGGUGUGUGUGAGCUGUGCUAAGACGGUCAUUUCGGCCUGCGUUUUCAAAAAGAAGUGCGAGGAGGCGGAUAACUUUUACCGCCAAAAACUGAGGCUCCAGAAGAUCGAGAGUGCGGAUCCGCUGGAGAACAGCGCCGCCGCCGACCAGACCAAAAGCAGCGGCUGCAGCAGUGGCAGCGGGAGCAGCAGUGCCAGCGGAAGUGGCAGCAGUUCCACCAGCAGCAGUUCCUCCUCCUCCGACGAGGACGAAGACAAUGAUCAGGAUCACGAUCAGGAUAAUGACAAUGACAAUGAAGUUGAGGCUGGCGAGGCACACAAGCUUCUGCCGAAUGGUCAUGGCCAGGCCAUCAAUGGCCAUCGGGACGAGGACGACGAUGAGGUGGUCCACGAGCAUAUGGAGGACCAUAACGAAACUGGCCACGACGGGGAGCGAGAAGAUGAUCAAGAAGACGUCCAUCAUAGAAACGGCCUUGAGUUAAGGGGAACAAAUCCUGAGGAUGAGGAUGAUGUGGAGGAGAUAAAUCCCCUGAACCACCACCACCACAACGAUGAUGGGGAGAUAACCGUCCAUGGCGUGCACCCUAAGGAGCCGUUCGACUUCAACUCCAUUCGCCUGAUGCAGGAGUACAUGCAGCAUCAGAUGAACAAGUUUCCCAAUGGCUCCGCCACCGGUCCAACGGGUCAGGAUAUGGAGCUCGAUCUCGACCAGCAGCAUCACCACGACGACGAUGAUGACGAUGACGAGGACAUGUCGCUGCCGCUGAUACCCGAAAUCGAGUUAAUCACGCCGGGCGAUGAAGCAUCUGCGGAUCUCUCAAAUCCAAAUGAUUUGGUCAAUGGAGGAGCCAGCGUUGGCGUGGCUCAGGGCAUGCGGGGACCCGGUUUCCAGUGUCCCCAUUGCUACCAGAUCUUCGAGAUGAAGCAGAUCCUCAAGGCGCACAUGCAAAGCGUCCAUGGAGCACCGGGGCCGGUGUACGAGUGCAGCAAUUGCCGCAAGACAUAUUUCUACAAACGUUUUCUGGAGAAGCACAUACGGCGUGGUCGGUGCGUCAAGAAGCGUCGCAAUCAAACUCGGCCCAUGCAGUGCUCGGAUUGCCAUGUCCUCUUUCCCACGGGCCACCAUUUGGGCUGGCAUAAGCGCACCGGCUGUCCUUCCAAGGCAGCCAAAAUGCCCCUGCAGCAGCUAUUUAAGCAGAACAUUGUGCAGUUCAACAAUUUCCCCAAACGGAUCGCCGCCGGAGGAGCACGCAAGCCCACGGCUCCUGAACUGCAUGUGAAUAAUCGCAAACUGGGCCUAGCCAACAAGAGAAAGGGACGCACUCGCAUCAAGUUGGAUGCCAAGAAGAUUGCCCUGGCCAAGCAGUUAAUACUGCGCGAGGCCACCACCACGGUGAUUGCCAACGAGCUAAACAUCUCGCGCACCUUCGCCUGGCGCCUGCGCAAAAGUCUGGUUAAUGGAGUCAGUCUCCAUGAGCGCGUGGUGGAUCCAUCCCAGGAGGAGCAUCACCUCCAACAGCUGCAGCAGCAGCACCAUCAGCAGUUACAGCUGCAGCAGCAGCAUCAGCAGGAGGAGCAGCAGCAACAGGCCGCAGCUGUGGCAGCGGCACAAGCGGAACGGGAACGGGAACGUGAGCAUCAUCAUCUAAGCCUUCCCUAUAGCCACCUUGGCUUGGGUCUAAUCAAAGAGGAGCGACAGGACAGCGAGGAUGAAGAGCAGCAGCUGCAGCAUCAGCAGCAGCAGCAGCAGCAACGUCAUCACCAUCAUUCACAUCAUCAACUGGGCCUGGUGGAUGAGUGCGGAGCGGAGGAGAUCGGCGCCGAGGAGACGGCUGGCUAUAUGGGGGAUGAGGAUGCCGUUUGUGGAUUGCUCCACAAUGGCUAUGAUCCCGAUCCCGAUUCCGAUCCCAUUGAGCACGAUCCCUUCGAGGGCACCGAGAACAACGACCAUCACUCGAAUGGUGGGCGACCGGGUUCGGUUUCGCCCGCGCCACCGCUACCGCCGCCAUCGCUGGGAAGUUCUGGGGUUCCGGUGCCGGUGCAGGUCCACGCUGCCGCGCGGUCCGAUGUUGAGGUCUAUAAACGCCUCCUGGCCGAAUCGCAGCACUUCCCCCACAUCGUCAACGCCCAGCAGUUGCAGAUGCAGCAGCAGCAUCGCGAGCGGGAGCGGGAGCAGCGGGAACGUGAACGCGAGCAACUGCAGCACCAGAAGGCCCACAACGGCGGAAUGCCGAUGCUGACUCGUUAUCCGCCCGCCGUCAUGCACGCCCUGCCCGUCAACCUGUCCCUGCGCUCAAUGCCCCACAUGAACAGCAACGAGAGCAAUGGCAGCUCCAGCAGCAACACGGCCGCCCCGGUGCCCGUUUCUGGCUCAUCCGCUGCAUCUUCGUCUGCGACGCCCACCGGCAAGAAGCCCCGCAAGCCGAACGUAUUCAUCGAUGACGAGAAGUACGCCAUGGCCAAGUUGCUGGUGGCCCAAAACUCCUCCACCAUGGAGAUUGCACGGGCCCUCAACGUUUCCCAAAUGACGGCCUGGAAGGUGCGCGACGCCAUUCUCAAGGGAGUGCCGCUCUCCUACCGCAACAAGCGAUCCGAUGGCAGGCAUUCGGAGGAGUUCACCGCCAAGGAGCACCAGCAACAGCAGCAGCAACAACAAGAGCAACAGCAACGCCAGCAGGAGAUUCAGCGACAGCAGCAACAUCAGCAACAGCAAAUGGAGCAAAUGGAGCUAAUCAAACAGCAACGCCAGCAACAGGAGUUGCUGCUUCAACAGCAGCAACAGCAACAGCAGCAGCAACAGCAGCUGCGUCAUCACACACCAGCGGACACAUCACACUAUCAGCAACAGCAACAAACGCCACCAAAGUUGCUACAUCCUCGCCGCCGGCUAAAGGCCGCCGAACGUGAACUGCGCGACAAGGAGAUCACGCGCGAAAUACUCGAGCUGAUCAAGGAGGACAGCAACAUUCAGUACUGGAAGGUGUCGGCCCGCCUGGCCGAGAAGGGUAUCAAUAUAUCGCCCUCGUCCGUCUGCCAGAAGCUCAAAUCGAUGGGCAUCCACCGGCGCUGGAAGCCGGGCGACAAGCCUCCCAUGCUGGCCAUUAGCCAGCUGAAAGCGGCCACGGUGGCGGCCGCAGCAGCGGCAGCCAGCUUGGCCGGCGUCGGCGGUGUUGUCGGUGGCGGUGGCGGCAACGGCAGCGCCGGACUGGCCGGCAACAGUUUCGGCCUGGCCGACGACGGCUACGAACAGCAGCAGUUCGACAUGGGCGGGCCACACUUUCUCAGUGCCUUCACGCGCUAGCCGAUCGACCAGAAGUCGUCCUUCCCAUCUUCACCUAGAGUUAAAUAAUACACGCAUUGAAGUGAAUCAGAAUCGUAGGGCAGCAAGUAAGCUAUCGGGCAAUUCUUAGGCACUUUGACUUUGAACUUGUAGGUCUACGAGUUUUCAACAUAAAAUAUCUAUUAAUUGUCCACAACUAUGAUUUUCCAGUUUAAUGUAUUUUUUUUCGAGCCACCCUAAUCCAAAUGCAUAGACCAGCAACAGCAGAAGCAACAACAACAACAACAAUUGUAUUUUUUAUAUAGUAUUUGAAAGAGAAAGCGCGCUUGAAUUUGUAUUUGUAAUCGAUAUGAGAUAGCAUAUAUGGUAUGUUUCUGUAUUAGAUUUAUAUAUCCAAUAUAUAUAUGCUUAGCAUUCCUAGAAUGUAACACACACACACACAAAAAAAAAAAAGAAACACGCCCAAAAAAACGUUCAUUCCAAGCGAGAAAAAUAUUUCCUUUAAUUUCAGCAGCUUCCUUUUCUUCUUCCUCCAUCCAAACGCACACACACACACACACACACACAAACACAUACACAUACACUACACCAACACACACUUAGCGGAUAAUUUUGAAUAAUUUAGUUAACAUAUUUAUUGAUCGCAUGUCCUUGUGUGUGUGUGCUUUUUAGCUGAGAAAUGUAUUUAAAGAUUUUUAUCAUAUUUUAUUUAUUUAUUUUACUCACGCACACACACAUAAGCAAUUAUUCAGUACUGAACUUUAAUUUAGUUAAAUUAAUGCAUCAAACGAUAAAAUAACAAUCAGAACAAAGCAAACGGAAGCAGAACAAACAGCAGCUAGAGAGAAAGUUAAGAAAGCUAGCAACAUAAGUGCAAUUAUAAACAAAACUAAAUCUAAAACAACAGAAGAAUGUUAAUCGUUAACAUGUGACCGAGACAAAAGAUCGAAGAAUGAGAGAUGGGAGAAAGAGAGGAAAAAUUGCCUAUUCAAUGAGGUCCAAACACCACUGAAGAUUUGUGUAGAACUCAUUUUUCCAAAUGCAAUAUAUUCGGAAGUCAUUCCAAGCUUUAAAUACACAUUUCUUUACUGCACACUUUAGAGUUCAUACAUUUAAGAACUAAUUACUUUUAAAAUUUCCAAUAUUUUCAUUUGAAAUUAUUAGCAUAUAUUCAAACGCUAAAUGUAUGUAUAUAGAAACGUAAAUGAUUUUUAAAUCGUAUAUAAUAAAAUAUGUUGUUUUUUGGUCGAAAAUGUAAGAAAAAUUAACAUUUAAAAACUUAUAAUAUUAGUUUAAAGCAAUUAAAACAAAAGUGUUGUUUAUUUAAAAACUUUAUAUACACUCUUACAUUUCCAAAGACCUACCAAAAUUUUGUUUAGCUAUAACCAGACUGGAAACUACAAAAUCAAUCACAAAAUGUUUUUUUUUUAUGUGUGUUUACAGUGGUGUUAAACCAUUAGUUUAAUAACUCCCCUAAGGACUUUUAUACCCUUUUCUUCUUUCUUUCUCCUACUCUUUUUCCAUAUUAGACAGUUACUCCGAAUCCAUCCUCCAAUCAAGCCCAUUUAAGAAAGAAAGUUAUGAAAUCAAGACAAACGAUCAAUGUUAAAAACUUCGUAGCCAAUUGUUAGUUAAAAAUGAGAAUUAAUAAAAAACCACAAAAGAACAAUGCAAAAAAAAAAAGAAAACUGAAGAUAAGUUGAUGACUCAGAACUGUAUUUAUUUACAGCCAAUUUUAGGAAUAUAUAUUUUAUUUUUUUUUUGUUGUGGAUGAAAUUGCAUUUCUCUGCAAUUUAUUUUUGUAUAGCUUUUAAGGUCAGAAGUUAGAGAAAAAGAGAUAGCAAGAGAGAGAGAGAGAGAGAGAGAGAGAGAGAGAGAGUGAGCGAGCGAGCGAGAUUGCUUUAGAAAAGGUUCAAAUAGUAUUUUUUUACAUUUUUGUACAAUUUGAAAUUGUAACUGCUUUUUAUCAAUCAAUCAAUAAAUGAUUCCCUCCCUCCACCAACCCACACUCAUAGAAAAACACACACACCCACAUACUGUGCAAAGUAUUUUCUAUAUAUUCAUUACUUAUAAAUAUAUCCAUAUAAAAAAUAUAUAACAUUUAAACGCAUACGAAACAAAAUUUAUAAAUUAGUUUUUUUUUUUUUUGUUUUUUUUU